UUUUUUCUUAUUACAUUUAUUGAAUUAAUCUUGCGCUUGCGGACAGUUAUUUGUAAUUUGAAAAGUUUUGUAAAUUUUUUUUUUAUGGGAAGCACUCCUACGACUUAUGGUUCUGAGGUUUCCUCAAUUGAAAAAAAAAAAUAUAGGACAUAUCGUCCAAAUAAUUGGUCCGGUACUAGAUGUAGCUUUUCGCCCUGGCAAGAUGCCUUAUAUUUAUAAUGCUCUAGUAGUUCAAGGGCAAGCCAGUAAACAAAUGAACGUGACUUGUGAGGUUCAGCAAUUAUUGGGAAAUAAUCGAGUUCGAGCUGUAGCUAUGAGUGAUACAGAUGGUCUAAUGAGAGGGAUGGAAGUGAUUGAUACGGGAGCUCCUAUAAGUGUCCCGGUCGGUGGAUCAACUCUGGGACGAAUUUUCAACGUGCUCGGAGAACCUGUUGAUAAUUUAGGGCCUGUCGAUACUAAUAAAAAAUCUCCUAUUCAUAGAUCUGCGCCCGCCUUUAUACAGUUAGAUACAAAAUUAUCGAUUUUUGAAACAGGAAUUAAAGUAGUAGAUCUUUUAGCCCCCUAUCGCUGUGGAGGAAAAAUCGGACUAUUCGGG